CCCGGCGGCCUCCGCCGCGCUCGGGGCAGAAGGAGCGGGCCGCGGUGCUGCCCGCAGCGGGAGAUUUAUAUAAAACCACUGAGAUAAUAUUUGGCACAUUAAAGGUUUCACAGAAAAAUGAUGCAAAAUGUGCAUCUGGCUCCUGAGGCUGAUGAAGAUGAUCUUUAUUCUGGCUACAAUGAUUAUAAUCCCACGUUUGACACAGAGGAUUUAGAAAAUGAUGUAGCUUUUCAACAGGCAGCAAGAACAAGUCAUGGUAGAAGACCCCCUGUGACAGCCAAAAUUCCUGGUACAUCAGCUUCAAGACCUUUAGCUACUGGAUUUGGGUCAAAGGCAACUUUAACUUCAUCUAUGGGAAGACCAAUGACAGGAGCUAUACAGGAUGGGGUUACUCGACCAAUGACAGCAGUGCAUGCUGCAGGUUACACUAAGGCAGCUAUGAGAGGUUCUUCAUUUGAUCCUCUUGGCCAAGCAAGAGGUCCUGCUCCGCCUCUGGAAAUGAAAAAUUCAGACAGUUCAGAAGAGAAGAUUAGGCAGUUGGAAAAAAAAGUGAAUGAACUGGUUGAAGAAAGCUGCAUUGCCAACAGCUGUGGAGACUUGAAAUUGGCUCUGGAAAAAGCAAAAGAGGCUGGAAGAAAGGAAAGAGUAUUGGUGAGACAACGUGAACAAAUUGCUACUCCGGAAAACAUCAACUUAGACCUCACUUACUCAGUUCUUUUCAAUCUGGCCAGUCAGUAUGCUGCUAAUGAAAUGUAUGCUGAAGCACUGAAUACUUACCAAGUUAUAGUGAAGAAUAAGAUGUUCAGCAAUGGAGGUAGGCUGAAGGUGAAUAUGGGAAAUAUAUAUUUAAAGCAACGGAACUAUUCCAAAGCUAUCAAAUUCUACCGUAUGGCUCUAGACCAGAUUCCUAGUGUCCACAAAGAGAUGAGGAUUAAAAUAAUGCAAAAUAUUGGAGUUGCAUUUAUUAAAACUGGCCAAUAUGUUGAUGCCAUUUCUUCAUUUGAACAUAUAAUGAGCAUGUCCCCAAACUUGAAGGCAGGGUUCAACUUGAUCCUAUGUUACUUUGCUAUUGGAAACGGUGAGCAAAUGAAAAAAGCCUUCCAAAAACUGAUUGCUGUUCCCUUGGAAGUGGAUUAUGAUGACAAAUACAUUUCACCAAAUGAUGAUCCACAUACAAAUCUACUGAUUGAAGCCAUUAAAAAUGACAGCUUAAGGCAAAUAGAACGUGAGAGGAAAUCCAUGGCAGAGGAAUACAUCAUGACAGCUGCUAAACUCAUUGCACCAGUAAUUGAGACAUCUUUUGCAGUGGGCUAUGACUGGUGUGUUGAAGUAGUAAAAGCUUCCCACUAUGUCGAGUUAGCCAAUGACCUGGAAAUAAAUAAAGCCACUACUUACUUGAGGCAGCAGGAUUUUAACCAGGCACUGGAGACUUUAAAAAUGUUUGAAAAAAAGGAUAGCAGAGUAAAGAGUGCAGCUGCAACAAACCUUUCAUUCCUUUAUUAUUUGGAGAAUGAAUUGGCACAAGCAACUAACUAUGCAGAUUUAGCUGUAAAUUCUGAUAGGUACAAUCCAGCAGCUCUAACUAACAAAGGAAAUACUGUUUUUGCAAACGGAGACUAUGAAAAAGCAGCUGAGUUUUAUAAGGAGGCGCUCAGGAACGAUUCCUCGUGCACUGAAGCACUUUAUAAUCUUGGUUUAACAUACAAGAAGUUAAACAGAAUAGAUGAAGCUUUGGACUGUUUUCUGAAACUCCAUGCAAUCCUUCGAAAUAGUGCCCAAGUCCUUCACCAGAUAGCAAACAUAUAUGAGAUCAUGGAAGAUCCCAGUCAAGCCAUAGAGUGGCUCCUGCAGUUGAUCAGUGUAGUACCAACUGAUCCACAUGUACUUUCAAAGCUAGGGAAAUUAUAUGAUAAUGAAGGUGAUAAAUCCCAAGCUUUUCAUUAUUACUAUGAGUCGUACCGGUAUUUCCCUUCAAACAUUGAGGUCAUUGAAUGGCUUGGAGCCUAUUACAUUGACACCCAGUUUUGUGAAAAAGCCAUUGAGUAUUUUGAAAGAGCAGCACUUAUCCUACCAACACAAGUGAAGUGGCAGCUGAUGGUUGCCAGUUGCUACAGGAGAAGCGGUAACUACCAGAAAGCUCUAGAGAAAUACAAAGUCAUUCACAGAAAAUUCCCAGAGAAUGUUGAAUGCCUCCGAUUUUUAGUUCGUCUCUGCACAGAUAUGGGGCUGAAAGAAGUCCAGGAAUAUAUGACAAAGCUCAAGAAAGUGGAAAAAUUAAAAGAAAUAAGAGAGCAGCGCAUUAAAUCUAGCAGAGAUGGCAGUGCACGUAGCCGCAGAGAAGGAAAUGCUGGUGGUGUACUGAAGAUCCAACCUUCCUGGAAAUGACUCAGCAAACAAGCAGAGGUACAAAGAAGGUCCUGUAUUGAGCCUGGAGUUAACUUUCUGCUGGGAUUCCUAAUUAAAAGUUGUGGUGAAAUGUACUACUUAUAUAUAUUUUUUGAAGGAGUCGAAGGCGUUACACGUUUUUUAACUAGUAAUGUUGACUCUGGGGAACCUUAUCAGUGAAGAAACUGCACACUCACAGCAACAGAUGUUAAGGACUAUGUUGUAGUUUGUUUACCUUUUACUGAGGAUGACUGAGAGAAACCUGAAGACCCAGACAUUAUUUUGUCCAAUGUUUGGCAUUAUUCACCUGGCUUAUGAGUCUGUAUUUUGCAGUUUAAUAAAUUUCUGUACAU